AUGCGAUUGAAUGCAAACACAAUCAUCUGCGGAGACAAGGUCAUUCUUGUGCCGUACAGAGAGGAACAUGUGAAAACCUAUCACGAAUGGAUGAAAUCGCCAGAACUCUUGGAACUGACGGCGUCGGAGCCCUUGUCGUUUGAAGAAGAACUGGACAUGCAACGGAAAUGGAGAGACGACGACGACAAGCUCACCUUCAUACUCCUCGCCCGACCUGACGACAUUCCAGCGGCAACGAACCGGCUCUUGUCCCCUGCAGAAGUGGCUCGCUGUAGGAUGGUCGGCGAUGUUAACAUUUUCAUGCCCAAUGGUCCCCAAGAUGACAUUGAAUGCGAAAUCAUGAUUGCCGAACAGGAGGUUCGCCGCCAAGGCCUGGCUCGCGAGGCUUUGACAAUGUUCAUGAACUAUGUCGUGCGAGAGUUGGCCGUUGCGCCCACCAGUCUCAUCGCAAAGAUUAGUUCCAAAAACACCGCCUCUAUUCGUCUGUUCGAGAGCCUUGGCUUCGGCAGGGUUAAGCUUGUGGAGGUGUGGGACGAACUGGAGAUGCGGUGGGGCUGGACCGGUUCCGAUUCUGUCAAGGGAUCCACUGUACAAUGGCCCUCCCUGUCACUGGAUGGCCGCAUCGGGAUGUACGAUGCAAGUUCGUAG